AUGGAGAAGUAUGUGAAGGAUGCUCCAAGAGCUUCAUUAGUUCGCAAGGAUCAGCUGCCAUAUGCCAUGCUUGGUGAAGGUGGCUUCGAUCCCGUUUACAAGGGGAAGCUAAUGGAUGGUCAGGAAAUAACAGUGAAAGGAGAAGAGAAGAUGCUUGUCUACGAAUACGUUCACAACACCAGCCUCGACUCCUUUUUAUUUGAUCCAAUCAAAUGCCUAGAACUUAAUUGGGAAAGACGAAACAAGAUCAUCAUAGGGAUCGCUCGAGGUCUUGUUUAUCUCCAUGAAGACUCAGAUUAA